AUGCUGCAACCCAUGGAAGAAAUGAUUCUUCCACCUAAACGUCAAGCUGUUGUUGAUCGUUUGAGGCGAAGAAUAGAGACGUACCGAAGGCGCCAGUCUGAAUGUGUGCCAAGAUUCGACCAAUCGUUUAGUGGGGCAUGCGAACAACAAAAUUUGGAGACGAGUGCUCUUCAAAAACGUUUCCUGGAAGGCAAGGCAAAGCGCCAGGCUAAAAAGACUGAACGGAAGCCCGAUCUACCGGCCAUCAGUAGUAAUCUGCACAGCAGCGUGCAUGUGAGCUGUCAACAAAAAUUUGGUUGCGGCGACUAUGAACCUCCACCUAAAGUGCAAUGCGGCGGUAGCGGCACCGCUGGAAACGGUGGAAGUGAAGGGCUUACUAAAUUCUCCGUCGAAAUCGUUCAGCAGCUUGAGUUUACAACAUCCGCAGCGGACUCGCAACCGCAACAAAUCUCAACGAAUGUGACGGUGAAAGCGCUCACCAACGCGGUGAAAACAUCCGGCUCACCACCGCCGCCGCAACCUCCGCGCGUAUCGUCCCCCUUGGACUGCGAGCGAGAGUGUAAAGCUGAAUGCAAAUCAGAAGUCGCUGACGACGAGUUCGUGGGGCUCGAUGAGUGUGCGGCGGCUCUAGAACGUGAUGCCGCCUCGGCUUUCCCAGGUCUUGCAGAUCUCAUAGGUGAAGACGACGGCGACGAUGCCUUCGAAUACCUCAUGACUGAGAUAUCAGAAUAUCCGGAACUAAUGAAAGAUUUCGAUCUCGACGGUGGGAAAAUGAACGGUGGAGGUGGUCUAGGCCUUGAACCGCCGGAGGGAGAGCCAGCCCCGCGGCCUUACGGCGGCGGUGAGAUGUCUCCUGCUGCGCAAACAUUAAAGCAUAUGGCAGAGCAGCAUCAACAGGCGGCUGGGGGCGACUGGUCUCGAUAUCGCGGGUAUGGAGGGUACCGUCCUCGACCAACACCUCCUACAAUGGACCACCUGCAUAUGUCACAACAACAGCAGUUGCAUCUUUCCCAGCCUCAUCAUAAUUUACAAGUAUCAGCAGCUCAGCACAUGCAAGUUAGUGGUUCUGGGGGUGGCCAUGUGUCGGCUGCGGCGCAGCAAGGCAUGUACGCCUCUUUCCAGCAUCAGGGUACGCCUUCUCCGCAGCAUCAUCAAGGUAGCGGAUGUGACACGUAUUCGGUGUCUCAGUCGCAGAGUAUAAAUUUCUCCCCAUCGAUGCGGUCUCGGCCCACUGGACCCACGCAGCAAAACACCUCAGGACCUGGACAAGGACCACCUCUUGGCAUAGCAGCGGCCGGAAUAUCUCGCGAGCAGCAAGCCAAGAUGCUUCAGCAGCAGCAGCAGCAGAUGUUGCGGGCCCAGCAGCAGCAGAUGCGGCCGCCGCCGCCUGAGUACAAGGCGAGGUUCGCGGGGACCCCCGGCCCCGCGCCGCGCCGCGCCCCGCCGCCGCCGCGCGCCUUCCCUCCCCACUCCAGGCAGUACCCGCCCGACUGGAGGCACGUGCUCAUACAGCAGCAGUCCGCCAGGCAACAGUUCCCUCAUCAUCAUCAGGGUUUCAACAUGGGCAACAUGGGUAGUAUGGGUAACGUGGGCAACGUAGGAGGCGGUGGCAUGGUGCAGCAGCAACAGCUGCAGAUGCAGCAGGCGCGUCUGCAGCAGCAGCAGCAGUUGAUGCAGCACCAGCAACAAAGGGCGUCGAAUCAGCAACAGUCGUCAAUGUCACAUCUAAUUAUGCAACAAAAUCAAAUGAUGAGCGUGCAAGGACAGAUGCCUAACAUCCACAUGUCGCAGUCGCAGAGCAUGAGCAUGCAGCAGGGCAUGUCGCUGGGCCUGCCGCCGGCGCCGCACGCGCAGCCGAGCCUCAUGCAGAACGGCAACUUCCUCCACUCCUUCGGCGCUCCCGACUUCAACCUGGACUUCCUGGACAACAUGCCUUCCACAGACACCGGCUCCCUCACCGCACAGGAACUCCUCAACUCCCUAGAUAAUUCCUUCCUCAAUGAUAUUCUA